CCAACGGCCUGGAUGUGCUACGUAUCAUCGAGCGAGACCUCCGGCCGGCAGGUAGCCAUCCGCCGCCAGCUCGCCGCCGAGCAAGGCCCCCGGAUGACGAGCUGUCUCUUCCUCGGCGUCGCGCCACGCCCACCGCCCGCUGCUCUCCACCUGCUCCUCCGCCGCCGGAUGGCCUCCAACCGAGCUUUCCAGCUCCGCCUCAACCCUCUCACCGGCGACUCCGAGUGGCUCGUCGUCGACGAGGAGGAAGAGGCGCCUGCGCCGAGCCAGCACAAGCAGCUCCUCGCCGCCACCUCCUACCUCGACAUGCUCAACGACACCGCCCGCAACCGCGCGUACCGCCACGCCAUCGACGCCACAGUCACGGACCCCACCUCAUGCGUCCUCGACAUCGGAGCUGGGACUGGGUUGCUGUCCAUGAUGGCUGCGCGAGCUUUGGCAGCUGCGGGAGGUGAAGGCAGGGGAAGCGUGUCAGCAUGCGAGGCCUACCUACCAAUGGGCAAAUUAACACGGAGGGUGCUCAGAGCCAAUGGCAUGGAAAACAGGAUCAAAGUCUUUCACAAGCGUUCAGACGAGCUCAGAGUUGGGGUUGAGCUUGAUUCUCGAGCUGAUAUACUGGUAAGUGAAAUUCUUGAUUCUGAACUCUUGGGUGAGGGGCUCAUUCCUACUCUACAGCAUGCGCACGACAUGUUAUUGGUGAAAAAUCCAAAGACAGUUCCGUAUCGAGCUACAACAUAUGGAGUGUUAGUUGAGAGCAUGCUCUUGUGGAAGAUGCAUGAUCUGCACAGCAAUGAAGCAAACACUGAAGAUGGUGUGUGGCUUACUCCUGACGGGACAGAAAAUAUUCUUUCUGUGAAGCUACAACAACAUGCGAUGCAAUGUGAUGCACUGGAAGAUGAAGUACGAUUGCUGUCAGAACCCUUCAAAGUUUUUGAAUUUGACUUUUGGAAACGACCAGAUAGUCAUCGUGAAACAAAGAUUGAAAUAAAAGCAACUGCUGAUGGACAUGCUCAUGCUAUUAUUUCAUGGUGGGUGCUUCAACUGGAUUCUGCUGGAUCAGUCUUUUACUCAACAGCUCCUGGAUGGGUGAGACAAUCGAGUGGUGUGGAUUUACCACAAUGUGUCAAUGGCAUGAAGGAUUGGUGUGAUCAUUGGAAGCAGUGUGUUUGGUUUAUACAAGGGACAGGAGCUCCUGCUAUGAAGGAUCAAACUCUUGCCUUGAGAGCUAGUCAUGACCAAACUAGUAUCUCAUAUCACUUGAAUAUUAAUGAUGAAGUAAGCAGUAGAAGCCCCAAAAGUGACCAUCUAACAUUGUUGCCAGAAAGGAUAGCACUUUAUGGUGAUAAAGCUUGGAGAUCAGCAUUGAUAGGUGCAGUUAGAAAUGCUAUGAGUGGAAGAUCUUCUCCAACCUGCAUUGUGGCCGAUGAUAGUGUGCUACUAGCUCUCAUAGUUUCUUCUCUGUUACCAUCUUCAAAAGUUAUUACGAUGUUUCCUGGUCUUAGGGACAAGGGUUUCAACUAUCUUCGAGCUGUUGCGGAUGCAAAUAAUUUUUCCAUGGACCGGAUUAAAGUCAUUGGUAAAAAAGCCUCAUCCCUUACUAUGAAUGACUUAAAAGAUGAAAAGAUUAAUCUAGUAGUAGGGGAACCUUUCUACCAUGGAAGUGAAGGGAUGCUGCCAUGGCAAAAUCUGCGUUUCUGGAAUGAAAGAACUCUGCUUGGUCCAUUGCUAUCUGAGGAUGCAUUCAUCAUGCCUUGUAGAGGAAUAUUAAGGUUAUGUGCCAUGUCACUUCCGGAUUUGUGGAGGAGCCGUUGCAGCCUUAAAGAUGUUGAGGGCUUUGAUCACUCGGUUGUUAAUGAUACUUUUGGAGCCUGUGGUGAUCUGCCUGGAGAGCAACAAGGCCCUUGCCUGCCAUAUUACGUGUGGCAAUGCGGUUAUACCAAGAAAUUAAGUGAAGUCUACUCUCUCAUGGACUUUAACUUUUCUGAGCCUAUUCACUCUUGCUUUGGCAAAACAAAGAUCAAGUUUUCCCAUGACGGAAUAUGCCAUGGUUUCGCAGUUUGGAUUGACUGGGUACUUGACGAGAAAAAAUCGAUUGUGAUAAGCACGGGACCAGAGAGCAGAUACUGGAAGCAAGGAGUGCAGCUGCUUAGCAGGCCUGUACAAGUGAAUCCAGACUCCUGGAUGAAUUGUUCGUUUUCUGCUGCAACUCUGGUUACAAGAAGAGCUGAACUGCCAUGGCAAAGAUUUAGGCCUGACGCCCUGAUCCAUGCUUCUUGUUGAGGUAUUUGGAUAUCCUCGUGUGCAGCAAUGUAAUCACCCAGGCCUUGUCAUCACCAUGGUUGAUCUUGACCAUGAAGGAUGCGAGCUGAGUGUGGGAUGAGAUACGUCAAGCCUCUCGAAGGGUGCAUUGCUAGCUGUCCACGACGAGCUUUGCAUUGGGAAGGAGCUCAAACUCGGGGCAGCUCCUGACGUCCAUCCCAGAGGUCUCCAUGUCACAGACAGGUUGCCAAGAAUCAUCCAGCAGAGAGCUAGCAGACACUGGCCUGGUCCAUACUCCAUACGGCAGCAUCGCAACCAUCUUGGACGCGCUCGUCCCUGCCGCAGGUUGGUGCUAGUCCAGGAGUUGAAGACUAUCCUCCGGCCGGGGGGCCGCCGGAGACGUAGGCUUUGUAUUCGGGGAGCACCUAAGGGAUCUCUUCUUCAUCGUCGCCGGCGUCGAGGAGGGCAGGCGGAUGCAAGCUCGCUUUUUCCAAUUUCAUCAGGCCCUUGCUGAACGCCAUAUGAUCUCGCUUGGCUUCGUGAAGAUCCCUAGCUAGCUACUGCUACUAGCUACUAGUAGCUAGGAAAGAUUGAGAAGAGGAUAGGAAAAAACUGAAGCACGAAAU